GCGGCCCCCGCUUCAUGUCUGUGCCGGAGCCGCGAGCUGGCGCCAGGGCGGCCGGAGGAUGCCGAGGGGCCGCAGCCGGGCGGGCCCGGGGCCGAGGCGCGCGCUCUCCCCCGCUCGCACGCCGUGAGCCCAGCCGCCCGCCGCUCGCGGGGCCCCCGCCGGCGCUGAGCCCCGUCCCCGAGGCCGCGGCCCCCCUCCCUGCGGCGCUGCGUGUGGCCGCCGCCGCCGCCGCCUCGGCCCGGACCCCAGCCUCCGCCGCCGGCCAUGGAGGUGGCGCCGGAGCAGCCGCGCUGGAUGGCGCACCCCGCCGUGCUGAACGCGCAGCACCCCGACUCGCACCACCCGGGCCUGGCGCACAACUACAUGGAGCCCGCGCAGCUGCUGCCGCCCGACGAGGUGGACGUCUUCUUCAACCACCUGGACUCGCAGGGCAACCCCUACUACGCCAACCCGGCCCACGCGCGGGCGCGCGUCUCCUACAGCCCCGCGCACGCCCGCCUGACCGGAGGCCAGAUGUGUCGCCCGCACUUGUUGCACAGCCCGGGACUGCCCUGGCUCGACGGGGGGAAGGCCGCGCUCUCGGCGGCCGCCGCGCACCACCACAACCCCUGGACGGUGAACCCCUUCUCCAAGGCGCCGCUGCACCCUUCAGCCGCCGGGGGCCCCGGAGGCCCCCUCUCCGUGUACCCCGGGGCGGGGGGCGGCAGCGGGGGCGGCAGCGGGGGCUCCGUGGCCUCCCUCACCCCCACGGCAGCCCACUCUGGCUCCCACCUCUUCGGCUUCCCACCCACGCCGCCCAAGGAAGUGUCCCCGGACCCCAGCACCGGGGCUGCCUCUCCAGCCUCCUCUUCGGCCGGGGGGAGCGCAGCCCGUGGGGAGGACAAGGAUGGCGUCAAGUACCAGGUGUCACUGACCGAUAGCAUGAAGAUGGAGAGCGGCAGCCCUCUGCGCCCAGGCCUGGCCGCCAUGGGCACCCAGCCCGCCACACACCACCCCAUCCCCACCUACCCCUCCUACGUGCCCGCCGCCGCCGCUCACGACUACAGCAGCGGACUCUUUCACCCCGGAGGCUUCCUGGGCGGCCCCGCCUCCAGCUUCACCCCUAAGCAGCGCAGCAAGGCCCGCUCCUGUUCAGGCCGGGAAUGCGUCAACUGUGGGGCCACGGCCACCCCUCUCUGGCGGCGGGACGGCACCGGGCACUACCUGUGCAACGCCUGCGGGCUCUACCACAAGAUGAAUGGGCAGAACCGGCCGCUCAUCAAGCCCAAGCGGAGACUGUCGGCCGCCAGGAGAGCCGGCACCUGUUGUGCGAAUUGUCAGACGACAACCACCACCUUAUGGCGCCGAAACGCCAACGGGGACCCCGUCUGCAACGCCUGUGGCCUCUACUACAAGCUGCACAAUGUGAACAGGCCACUGACCAUGAAGAAGGAGGGGAUCCAGACUAGGAACCGGAAGAUGUCCACCAAGUCCAAGAAGAGCAAGAAAGGCGCCGAGUGCUUCGAGGAGCUGUCCAAGUGCAUGCAGGAGAAGACCUCCCCCUUCAGCGCCGCCGCCCUGGCCGGACACGUGGCGCCCGUGGGCCACCUCCCGCCCUUCAGCCACUCGGGGCACCUCCUGCCCACCCCAACGCCCAUCCACCCCUCCUCCAGCCUCUCCUUUGGCCACCCCCACCCAUCCAGCAUGGUGACUGCCAUGGGCUAGGGACAGCCGCCCGCAGACGGACGGACGGACAGGGUGGGGGCCAAACCCGCAGCGGCCUGCCCUUCCCCGCACACUGACGCCGCCCCCGCCGGCCCGGCCGGAGCCCCGCGCUGCCUCGGCCUCCCGGUCGCUGGGAACAUCCUCACGCAGGCUGGGGGGCGGCCUCGGCCCGGCCCACCGCCCAGGUGGGGUUUCCGUCACGGACGAUUGUUCGGAGAACAGAACGGACAACUUUAUGAAGAGGAAGAGGAGGGAGGCAGGGGACAAAUGAAGAGCCCUGUUUUCAGGAGGGGCAGGGCGUAGGCAAAAGUAAUUUAUUUUGCUCUUGGGACCGGGACGCCCUAAGUUCCCGGGGUCUGGUUUCUUGCGCCAAGUGCCGCUCGGCCCGCCUGCUUGCCAGGGCUCCGCGGGGCAGGUGUGCAGGGCGGGGGGGGGGGGCCCGGCCCGCGCCUUCCCCUCGGGCUUCCCUCUGUGAGACAGCUGGAGCCGGGGCGGCCUGAGCAGGGACAGCGGGGCCACCAGCGGCCUGGGGAGGCUGGGCGGCGCGAGCCCUGGCGGCCGGGCCCUGGAGGGCAGAGACAAUCAUGGGCGGUCCUGCGUAGAUUCCCAGGCCGGGGCUGGGUCACAGGAAGGAAACAACAUUUUCUUGAGAGGGGAAAUGUCUCCCAGAUCGCUCCCCGGGCUCUCAGGCCGAAGCUGGUGUGACUGUGUCCCCGUAACGAGCCUGAGCCACAGCCUGACUCCUCUCGCCAGGUGGACCCUCUGUACAUACGUCCUUUUUUCUGCUAUAAGCCCGCAGCCGCCUUCCCUCCCACUCUGAGACAAAAGAAAAAAAUAUAUAUAUAUACAAAAGACUGCAUAAGCUCAACUCGCUGAGGAGUUACUUGUUUUAUUUUUAAACUCAUUUUGGGUCCAGUCAAUUGUACGUUGCCGCAGAAGUAAUUGCUGUAGAAAGGAAUAAAACCUACAAACCAAGGCUGUAGCUUCGCAAUUAUUUUUGGAAGAGUUCUUGGAUCCCACAGCCCUCGAAAGGGGUGGGGGGCGGGGGCCUGGGGAGGGGCCGUGGCUGCCCUUGCCUCCAGGGGCUGGUCUGGCAGGUGGGGAGGCAGGAGCUGGGGGGUGGGUCCGGGGAGAGGCCACCACCCUGCUGGGGCCCCUGAAGACACUCUGCUUUGCUGUGGCUGUUCUGGAUCCUUCCCAAGGUACAGCUGUACAGAACCGUGCCCGGCUUAGGUUCCGUCUGCGGAGGUGGUGGGGGGCGUCGGCCGGCGGGGCGGGGUAGGGGCCGGCCCGGGAAGAGGAUUGUGCCGAUGUAGUCGACCAAGUGCAAUAUGGGCGGGCGAUCGCUGGGGGGGCACUUAUUUUGUACUCGUGUCCGCAUAGGAGAGAGAAUCCGCAGUAUUUUCUGUUUUUCGGUUUUAUUUCGCUUGUUUUAUUUUGGAUUAGUGAACUAAGUUAUUGUUAAUUAUGUACAACAUUUAUAUAUUGUCUGUAAAAAAGUUGUAUGCUACCCUCCUAUCCCUUUGGAGUGAAUACUGUUAAGAAUAAUAAAAUACUUUUUGUGAAUGCC